UACUAUUCAUUGCAAUGCAGCUUAUAUCUUCUUGUCGACACACCACUGCAUUACUAAGUAAAUUUAAUUAAUUUUGUAAAUAAAUACGCAACCACUAAUUUAGUACCUGCCUGAGCUAAUAUGUAAAUAGAAUCGCCCACAUAAACUAUACAUUUUACACUCCACUUUGUUUUUCGGCUAUAUCGUUUUUGUUAGACUUUGAUCUCCUUCGAUAUUUUUCUACGUAAACGUACGUUCCAUUAUUUUUUCAACGGACUCUGACAUCCUCGUACGUAAGCCCGUUUGAGAAUACGUAACCAAUGUAACGUUACGAGACUGCAAGCAGUCGGUGAAGGGUUUUGUGGGUCAUGGAGGAGGAAGGUAAAUAAAAGAGGGGCGCUAAGAAAAGCACACUGCGGUCCGACAGUUACUGGAAGAUUUACUCCUAUACGAUUGUGGAAGCGGGAGCCGGAGAAGACAGCCUGACCGGAGAGGAAGGAUUGUCGCUCGGCUACAGCAGCAGCAGCAGCUGUCGGCGUUUUUAGGUGGUCUAGUUUGGGUUUGCCUCAUUCUUGUGUUACCAUGGCGAUGCGGGAGUUGGUGGAGGCAGAAUGUGGGGGAGCCAAUCCUCUCAUGAAGCUCACCAGUCACAUGACCAAGGAAGAUGGUGCGUGGCGGCACCGCUCAACACCUACUAUACCCCCCACUCCCAUUGAAAUUGCAUCUGAGGAAGAGCUGGUGAAUGAGUUUCUUCAAGCACCACCCCGACCCCCUCACACAUUUGACAUGGGUCAGCUGUUGGAGGAAAUGCAGCAGAUUGACCAGCAGAGCUACAGACAAGCUCCACAGAGAGCUCCAGAUGUGGCUGCACUGGCCCUCUCGGGUGACUGGGCGGCUGAGUUCCUCUCAGGUUCUGACUCUGCCACGACGUCGGGGCUCACUGCUCUUGGUGAUGCAGCAGAUGCUGACUGGACCAGAGAAUUUAUUGCUGAGGCUGCGGAUCCAGGACGCUGGGCAGAGGAGUAUCUGGAGCAGUCUGAGGAGAAGUUGUGGCUGGGGGACCUUGGAGACAAGGAGAAUGAAUGGACAAAAGAGUAUCAGCCUGUAGACGAGCUGAGACAGACAGCCAAUGAGCUUGUCUCAAAGGUUGAUGACCCCAAGUUACAAAAGACACAGUUUCUGGGAUUCAUUAGGCAGAUUGGCGAGGGCAGUGUGACAGUGGAGAGCAGAACAGACAAACAGCUCACAGAUAAAGCUCAGGCCGAGGAGGCUCAGAACUGGGCCUCUAACCUCAACCAGGUGUCAGUCGACUCCGCUGAAGCCUGGGUAGAUGAAUUCACCACGACGGGGCCGGAUUUUCAACAAGCCAAAGCUGCAAUGGAGAGUGAUGUUGAUUUCUGGGAGAAGCUGCAGCAGGAGUGGGAGGAGAUGGCCAAGAGAGAUGCUGAGAGCCAUCCCUGGCUGUCUGAUUUCGAUCAGCUACUCAGCUCUUCUUAUGACAAGGGGUAUCAGUUUGAAGAGGACAACCCUUACCUAUCCCACCCGGACCCUUUGUCAGAGGGAGUGAAGAGGAUGGAGGCGGGGGACAUCCCUGGAGCCGUGCGGUUCUUUGAAAGUGCUGUACAAAAGGAACCAGACAACCAACUGGCUUGGCAAUAUCUGGGAACCUGUCAGGCAGAGAAUGAGCAAGAAUUUGCCGCCAUCAGCGCCCUCCGCAGGUGUAUAGAGCUGAAAAAAGACAACCUGACCGCCCUGAUGGCGUUAGCUGUCAGUUUCACUAACGAGUCACUGCACAGGCAGGCCUGUGAGACGCUUCACGAUUGGCUGAAGCACAAUCCAAAAUAUCGCUCUGUGUGGGAGCAGCAUGAGCAGGAACGCCAAAAGGAUGGCCCCAGAGACCGGGAGAAAGAGAAGGACAGGUUUGGCUCCCUGUUACCAGAAUCUUUGUUUACUGAUGUCCAGUCCCUGUUCCUGCAUGCAGCCAACUCUGACCCUGCCCAGGUGGACCCUCAGCUACAGUGUGGUCUGGGAGUCCUCUUCAACCUCAGUGGAGAAUAUGACAAGGCGGUGGACUGUUUCAGCGCCGCUCUCUCUGUCACUCCACAGGACUAUCUGUUGUGGAAUAAACUGGGAGCUACACUAGCCAAUGGAAGCCGGUCAGAGGAGGCAGUGGCAGCCUACAGAAGAGCUCUGGAAUUGCAGCCAGGUUUCGUCCGCAGUCGCUAUAACUUGGGAAUCAGCUGUGUUAACUUAGGCGCGCACAGGGAGGCAGUGGAGCAUUUUCUCGAAGCUCUGUCUCUCCAGCGACAAGCUGCAGGAGAUGGAGCAAGAGCUGCAAGAGGACCUGGAGGUGCAGCCGCCUCGGUUAUGUCUGACAAUAUCUGGUCCACCCUGCGCAUGGCUCUCAGCAUGAUGGGAGAAAGCUCUCUUUAUGCAGCAGCCGACCGGCGAGACUUGGACACAUUGCUGGCUCAUUUUAGCCAGAGAGAGGUGGAUGGUGGGACUGAAUGAGGACCAGCCAUACGGGGCAUUAUUGAGUGUGAAUGUGUCAUGUUGGGAAGAAAAUGUUUUGGAGACUGAAUAAUGUAUGGGAAUUACCAGAACAUGACACAAGUAAUGGUUUGAGAGAAAUGGCAGAGGAAGACACUGUGAUAUCAGCAAUGCUAGACGUCAUCUUCAUCAUGUGGUUAUGUGUGUUUAAAUGACUUCUACCAAGUGUUGCAGUAUAGUCUCCAUAUGGAGAGAAGCAGUCAGCAGUAAUUCAGUCAUGCUACUGUAUUUCACAUGUUUUACGGUCCUUGCCCUCUUCCUUAUUGCUGAUCUUUGAACCGUGGUUGAAUGAACGUCAUUUUCAUUUACAUGAAGUUUGUUCAGGAAAGUUAAAAAGACAAAGUAUGAUUCAGUCCUUACUGUAUUCAGCAGCCAGAAAUGUUUUAUCAGUGUUCAGACAUGAAGUUCUCUUCCUGGCUUUAUUAACUAUCAGUACACUGUAGUUAUGUAGAUUAAAGGUACAAUAUUGCUCUGAUAUUAAAGAGUGUUGCUUUUCACCCAGAAGUGCUCUCAAGAGAGGAAGGCCGCACAGGUUUUGAGUAGAAAAACAAGUCAAAGUGCUGCAGUUCUGUUUUUUAUACUUAAUUUAAUUUUUUGUGAUUAUUAUUCUGCUAGGACAAUGAACAACUUUUACUGUUAUGAUGAAAAUCAUAAUUGUCAUGCCAUUGAAAAUUAUUUUCUGGCUCCUCUCUUUCUUUUCAUAUUGCUCUUAUAAAAAAAUUAGCUUAAUUGUAAAAUUAUGCUGUAUGCCAUACUGUGUAAUGUAACAUAAUUGAUGCACUAUAAUUGUUUUCAGGCUACUUCUAUCCUGACUGCAAUGUUUAAUAUAAUACUCAGCAAUAAAGCUUUGAUUACAAAUG